AUGAAGAAGAAGAAGAACAUUUCUCUUAACAAUAUUAGAAAGGAUUCUCCUCAUCAUGGGAAGGAUGAUGCCCAUAAUGGAAAUUACCCCACUGCCACUCACACCACCACUCGUACUCCCACUUCUUCUACUACUAUUACUACUACUACUACUACAACUAAUACUCUUCACAACAAGAAUGAGACUCAUCUCUCUUUGUCAUCGUUACAAGAGACAAGUAUCUCGUGGAAAAAUCUCUACAAUCUCUUAUUGCGUAAUAAUAAUGAUCAUAACAAUACUACUACUCAUUCUACUAAUCAUCAUAAUAAUACUACAAAUUCUACAACCUCGUCGAUCUAUGAUACUUCUUCUACAAUGAGUAAACCCUUACAUGGUGGUGAUCAAAAAAGUCCUCUUAUCGAUCCAAAUACUUUGGCUGAAAACAAAAUUCUUUCAAAACUUGAUGCUCUUCAGAACCUCAUGCAAAAACUGUGUCAACAAUACAUUCAAAGAAUUUUAUUGGAAUUUUAUUCAUCAAAGAAUUCUUCUCAACAACAACCAUCUCAACAACAACAACAUAAUGGUCUAUCAAAUAAUUCUUCUUAUCAACAACAACAACAUGUUCUAAAACGAUUGAAUGAAAUUAUUCAAAAAGAAUCUUUACAAAAUGCUUUGAUUUAUUUUCAUAAUUUACCACAAAAGAAUGAUCCUUCAUUUAUUUUGUAUUUAUUUCAAACCAUUCUCAAUCAUCGAAUGAAUUUAAAGAUUUUGAAUGAACGUGUUGCUGUAGAUUAUAAAAAGAGUGUUGAAAAUUCAAUCAUGAGAAUUGUCAGAGAAAAGUCAAUCACAACAAAUUCUCCCAUUUCAUGUGCCAUCUACAAAUCAGCCAUUGAAUUAUUGAUAUUUUUUGAAGGAUAUCAAAGUGCCAUGAAAUUGAUCAACCAUCAAUUUAUAAAACCUAUUUUUAAAAAGAAAAAGAACAUUUCAAGUAUUAAUGAAAAGACCAUUCAAAAGAACACUCCAAGUAUUAAUGAAAAGAACACUCCAAGUCAUGAAACAAGUCAUGAAAAGAACACUCAAAGUUCAAUUUUUGAUGACAAGUAUUUUACUAUCAAUGAUUUGAGAGAUGUAUUUCACAUUGUGAUUGAAAGUAGAAUUCAUUCCAUGAUGACACAUGAUAUUGAUGAAUUAUUUAAAUAUUUAAAUACACCAUCGAAACUCAUUUUAAAUGAAAAGAAUAUCAUUGGAUUUAAUUCAAAAACAUUUGAAUUAAUGAUUUUAAAUACAAAAUCAUUUAAAGAAGCUCUUCAAGUCUAUGAAUCAAUUCCAUCCGAAUAUUUAAAAAAAGGAUCUCAUAGUGCUCUUUUGAAACAAGCAUUGAAAUUUCAAGCACCAGUGGAAUGUAUUCAAAGUCAUGUAUUACCUAAAAUAGAAUUAGAUGAUGAUGGAUAUUCUUUAUUGUUAGAAUAUUAUGCCUCCAUUGGUGAUUUAAACCAAGUGAAAAAUAUUUUUAAUCAAAUCAACAAUCAUUCAAUGAAUACUACUCUUAUGAAUACUAAUUCUAAUACUAGUAGUAAUAAUACUACUCUUAUGAAUACUAAUUCUAAUACUAGUAGUAAUAAUAAUAAUAUCAUCAUUACUGGUCAUACCACUACUCCUACUACUACUACUACUACUGAUCAUACCACUACUCCUACUACUUUAAAUCAUCACACUCAUCAUUCAUUGAAUGAUAUCAUCAUCACCAAUAAUAAUUCUCCAAUAAUUAAUAACUAUUACCACAAUCACUAUCCUUUAACCUAUCGAACUGCUGUGAAAUAUCUCAGUCAUGAAAUGGAUUUACUUUCCAUAUUGAAAGCAUGCAUUCAAUUAGAUCUUCCAAUCACACAAUUCACUCAUUUACCAAAAUUUAAUGGUAAACCAUCGGAUGUCAUUUCCUAUUUUGAAGAAUUAAUGAAAAUGUAUUGGAAUGAUCCAAUGCAUUCAAAUGAAGAAAUUAAAAGAAUGAUCACUCUUAUUGGACAAUAUUUUGGAUGGAAUUCAUUAUCUUUUAUUUAUAGAUAUAUUUUGAAUACUAUGAAUAAUACUAAUACUACUACGAUGAAUACGAUGAAUACUACCUCUAUUACUACUACUUCUAGGAAUACAUCUCUCUUAACACAAAUCAUUAUGAAUCAAUUGAUUCAAUGCAUGUCUUCACAUAACAUGGAUGUCGCAUUGCAAUGGUUUUCAAAUUCUUUAAAAAAUCACUCAAUUCUUCUUCCUCUUUACAAGGAAACUUUUCAAUUCUUAUACAAUCAAUUGCAUACAAGUGCCAUGACUGAAGAUGAAAAGAAAUUUGCAUUAGAAUUUUUCAAAGCUCACUAUAAACACUUUAAAGCAGUGAAAAGUGAUAAUAAUAUCAGUAAUAAUAAUAUCAGUAAUAGUAACAAUAGUAAUAAUAUCAGUAAUAAUAAUAAUACCAUCACUAGUGAUCAUAAUGAUAUUAUUAUUUAUCAAGAUGAGAAUGGUCGACCAUGUACACCACAAGAACUCUCUUUAAAUAUUUGGAGAUCAAAAAUUGAAGAAUCCAUUUCAAAUUCAAGAUAUGAAUACCUCAAGAAGGUGAUUAAGAAAUAUGUCAUAGAACGUAGCCACAUGAAUAGUAAUGAUCAUCAUCAUAGUAAUACAAAUAACAUGAAUAGUAAUGAUCAUCAUCAUACAAAUAGUCAUCAUGAUAGAGAUUAUCAUCGUAAUAUUUUAACUUCUAGCAAACUAGUGAGUGAAGAAUUUAUUAUUGAGACUGUGAUUGAAUCAUUUUGUAAGAACCAUCGAACACUAUUUGCUUCCACAAUUUUCUCUCAAUUAUUAUCUGAAUUGGCAAUUGCAUUGAAACACAUGGAAGAGAGUGAAUUUGAAUACGAUCAUGUGAAGAAUUAUUCCAACAUUAAUCAUCAAACAGUGUCUCAUGGUAGUGAUGCCAUCACUUAUCAUAGUAAUAAGAAUGGCAAUGCUGGUAAUUCAACGAGUAGUAGUAGUAGUAGUACUUUGAAAAUUGAACCAAUUUCUCCUCUCAUUUAUUCCAUACCUUCUUGUUAUGAAUUUCUAUGCAAAUUAUUUCAUAUUAUUUUUGAACACAUGAGUGAAUCUAUAACUAGUAGUAAUAGUAGUAGUAGUCAUAGUACAAUCUCAAGCAUGCUAACGACUAGUACAACUUCUACCUCUUCAACGACUGAUAGUAACGAAUUAAUGAAACGUCAUUACCAUCGAAUGAUGACUUUUUAUGAUCAAACCAUUCAAAGAAUACCUUCUCUUCAAUGGAAUACUCAUACAUUGAGAAUCUAUUUAAAGGCACAUUUCAAUACUGAACAUGUUCGAUCCAUUCUAUUAGAGAGAUAUUUGUGUGAUGAAGAAGAGAUUGAUGAUUCUAUUGUUUCAACAACAACUAGUAGUAGUAAUAAUAGUAAUAAUAGCAAUAAUAGUAAUAAUAGCAAUAAUAGUAAUAGUAAUAAUAGUAAUAGCAAUAAUAGUAGUGCUGUCUCUACCACUCUUCAUCAAGAGGUUACUACUCCUCCUCAUGAAAUCUCCUCAUCUCUCAUCAUUUUAGAUACACAAACAUGUAGUAUGAUUCUCUUAUAUUUAUUACAACAACAUGAUACUCCAAUCCUCACAUCUAAAACUCAAUUAACAUUUGAAAAGAAAAUUGAAGACAUGACAUGCUAUCUUGAGAGUUUUCCAAAUCAUGAAACUUUUGCUUUAAUGGCAAGAUAUUAUUUUGAAAUUUUGAAAAAUCAUGAAAAGGCCAUUCAAAUGUGUCAUACUUUGAUUAGACUUUAUCCUCAAAUUAUUACAUCUUAUAAUGUAUUACUCGAUGUGUAUUCAAAAACAGGUAAUGAUUUGAAUGUCAUUGAUCAUGUUCAUUUAUGGAUACGACAAAAUAAGGCAAAUCCAAAUUUAGAAACAUUUCGAACACUUCUAUUGGCCUAUUUGAAACACAAGAAUUACAUCACUAGUGCCAUCUCUAUAUUCAAAGAAAUGUAUCAAGUGUAUCACAUCAUUCCUACCGAUGAUAUUACUCUCAAUCUAUUUGAUACAUUACAAGAUUCUAAUUUAAGAAAGAGUUUUGAAUAUCAAAAAUCAAUAUUUGAAUCUGUUUUAGCAUUUAGAAAUGAUUAUUAUAGAAAUAAUGAUGUUGGUGGUGGUCAUGGUGGUGAGAAGACAAAUUCAACAUUAUUGAAUCAUGUGAUUGAAAAUUUUUUAACACUCACGACGAGUUGUUUCUUGAGAGGAAUGGAAAAAGUCACACAUUUCAAUGAUGAUCCAUCUCCAAUCUUUUCUAUUUUGAAUGUUAUACUUGAUGUGGAACGACGCAACAAGUUGUUGGGUGAUAAUGAUCUACGGUCUAUUAGUCGUAGUCGUAGCAGUAGAACUAGUGGUGGUGGUGGUAAUAGUAAUACCAAGUUAACUACUAAUUCAAUGAAAGAUACUUGUUCAAGUGGCCUCACUCAUGUCAACAACCACAUGACUUUUAACUCGUAUCCACCUAUUCAAUGUACGAAUGAAAUUUAUUACUAUGCCACACUAUUAUUGAUGAAAUUUAACAAAUCAUUCACCAAAAAGAAGAGUUCUACUACUAACAAUUCUCCUAUUUCUAGAAAUAAUACCAUUCGAAAUGAAGAUGAGAUAUCGACAGCACCACUCAACUCUGCACUUUACACUUACAUUUCACAACAAUAUAUUCCAUUUACGAACAUUGGUACCCUUAAUGGUAUUUUAAUGUCCCUCUUUAGACAACAUUAUUUCUCUGCUGCUUGGAUUUUAUAUAAUAUGAGACCUAGAGAAUUGAAAGGAGAUUUAUUAACAUUUUAUAUACUCACAAACUGUUGUAGAGAUGAUUCUGAUUAUUUUGAACUUGGAUUAUUGUACCAAGAAUUAUAUGUGAAGAAUGAUAAAUGUGUAUCCGGAACGAACAUGAUGAUACAUUUGGAAGAUGAAUUCUCAAUGAGCACUUUAUUGAAUCGAUUUUUAAUAUUAACAUUGCGCUUUGAACCUGAUCGAGUAUUAGAAGUGAUCGAGAAUUUCAUUUCACAUGAUCAAUUAUUCGAAAUUUCACCUGUAAUUCAAUCGAGAGUGAUACAAAUAGCAAGAAAGUUGAAUCGGAGUGAUGUUGAAGGGAAAUUGGCACUGUUUGGAGAUUAUCAAAGUGGUAGGAGUGAUGACUAUACAGAGCGACAAGCAGAAGGAGUUGAAUUGCCUUAA